AUGCCUGGCGAGAAUGAGCCGUUGUUAGGCCACGAGCAUUCAAGCCCACCUCGGCCGCGUCGAAUAUUGCACUAUUUUCGCACUGAGCUCGAUCCGCGGCGCGGAGAUUUGCUGUUGCUCUUCUGCUAUGUCAUCACGGGUCUGCUUGAUAGCUCCGCGGUGUUUAUCUGGGGCUCCUUUGUGAGCAUGCAAACCGGCAACACGGUCUAUUUUGGCCUUGGCCUGGUGGGAACCGACGAUGAUCGAUGGAUCAAAUCGGGGGUCUCGAUCGCCGGCUUUUGCCUGGGAUCGCUUUGCUUUGCAGCCUUCCAUCGUACCUUCUUGCCUCGUCAACGCUGGGUCCUCUGUGCCUCAUUUCUCGUCCAAUGGGCCUGCAUCAUCGCGGCGGCCAUCGUAGUAACCGUGUAUCGGCCGGCCCGUGAUGCACCCUUGAGCUGGCUUGUGCUGGUUCCCAUCGCGCUACUCGCAUUCCAGAGCAGCGGCCAGGCUGUGUCCAGUCGUGUACUCAAGUAUAACGGUUUGACUAGUGUGGUCCUCACCAGUGUCUACUGUGACUUGUUCUCCCACCCCGAUCUACUUUCGCCUAAAGUCGUUGGCAGUGCCGAGGAGAUGCGUCGCGUGGGAGCCGUGAUUUGUCUCUUAUUUGGAACCAUUUUGGGAGGGCUUUGGGCACAUAGCUCAGUUGGGCUGAUGGGCGCCUUAUGGACCGCAGCAUUGUUAAAAGCGGCCAUUUUGUUCGCUUGGCUGGUCUGGAAAGCCGAUGAGCCAGCCUCAGAAGAGUUCUGA